AUGUAUACUUCGUUCAUUCGGUUCGCUUCGUGUGAAGACACGAAGUGGCUGCCAUGUUGGAAACCGAGGUAGUAUUCGUAUUGCUGUCGCGUGAAAAAUACAUUUUUAAUCUAGCAUAGAAGCAACACAAAAAAUUAAAAGAAAUAUAUUUUAAUAACUUAAAUGCUAAACAGCAAAGAUCAUUGCCGCGCGUUGGAAGCUCUAUAUUUUGUACACACAUUGGUCAUGCUUCUGUGUUAGUGUCAUUAGUUGUUGCAGAAAAAGAAACAAGAAAUAGCGCGACGCUGCUGUUGCGUCCACUGCGUUUGGCAUAGUUGACUGUGUAUGUGUAUGUAUGUGUGCAUGUGUGUAAAAGAAGAUAUUCCCUGAUUGCAAAUCCCACGUGCGGUGGUAAAAUCGGCUUAAAGUUACCGGUGUUCAGAGGAACCAACAUGAGCAGCACAUCAACAAAUAUCGAUGCCGGCGGCCCUAAAAUGGCAGCGGCAGUUACAACCGCGAAGCCAGCAACACCUUCGCCCUCCCUGAAAGUGUACGACUUUGAUUUUGCGGGCACAAAAUUCGAAAUGGACGCUAGCGUUUCAGAGGAGGAGCGGCGCUUUUAUUUAAAAAUGUAUCCCACCGUGGAUGUGGUCAAUCAGCGGAAGGUCCAUUGCACCGUCUGUCGUUCACAUCUAGGCACAGCACCCAUCACAGAGAGCAACAUCAAAAUGCACCCCAUAUUGCGAGUCACGCACUGUGUCAAGUGCCACGAUUUCUACAACAGCGGCGAAUUUUCCAAGGGAGAAGAUGGCUCUGAGCUGUACUGUCGCUGGUGUGGUCAAGGUGGCGAGGUCUAUUGCUGUUCCACUUGUCCAUUUGUGUUCUGCAAAUCGUGCAUCAUUAAGAACCUCUCACGUGGCGUCAUCGUUGACAUUGAACAGAACGAGAACUGGAACUGUUUUAGAUGUACCCCAAAGAUAUUGUGGCCGCUCCGUGCCCAACAUUGGGCUCUAAUCAAUUACAUUGAGACACAAAAGAAUGGACUGCAAGCGAUGCCGUUGUCUGGUGAUGAGAUGCGGCGUUUGAUGAACAAGGACAGCAGCUCUUGCUGUCGGCUAGCCAAGGCGAAAGCCAAUAGUUUGUCCGACUCAAUGGAGAGCUUAGAAUCGAAUGCGUCUAAGCGUAGCCAUAACAGUUCCAUCACAUCGGUCAAGAAAUAUUCCAAGCCGCAGGGACCGCCAGCGAAACGUCCCAAAUCUUCUAACGAUGAAGUUGUUUGUACACCAGAUCUGCUGAGCAUGUUGGAGCCGGACUGCCAAAUCUCAGUUGCCCAAAAGUCUUCGCCACGCACUGUCUCCGGUGCCCCAUCUGGGACAACUAUCACAACAACACCGCGCAUUACGAGCGUACAGCAGAAUUACACUGGACCCAGUCCCAGUAACAGCGGCAGCAACAACAACAGCAGCAAUGGCAAUUCAUCUGUCGCUCCGCGUAGCAGUUUACCCCCGCCACUCGUAUUGAGCAGCUCGGGCAUGCGUUAUCGCCAAAGCACGCCCAUUUCCAGUCCCGUGGUGCGACGCACCGUAGUGCCCAAUGCGGUGCGUAGUGCUGGACCCGUUUUCCAUACCAUUAACGGAUUUCGGGUCGAUCUUAAUACUGCAGCUCAACAGGACUCCUAUCGCCUGCCCAACGGUCGCCUUAUACAGGUGAAACGUCAAGUACCACUUGGAGGUCAACCGUCGACAUCACUUUCUUCUGCUCCCAUGCCGGUGACACCGCAGGUUAUUAUUCGUCAGCGCUUAGCAGCACCCCAGCGCAUGAUGCACAACAAUCCCAGCUACGGCUCCAACAUCGGCAUCUACAAUCCGCAAACCAAUCCACAGCAACAGCCACGCACUUCACAAAUCGUUCGAGUUAACAAUGGCAGCCAAAUGCAAUCGGUUAACAUGCCAACACCGCCAGCGCCGGCUGCCAAUAGUAAUGGCGGCACAACGAUUAUGAUGACUCCAGCGGCAGCAGCGAAACCACAGCCGACUCUUGUGCGUCAUGUGUUUCCCAACACGUCGAUUGGUACGGCGCGUACUCAGCUGCAAGAGCAGAUCUUCAAUGCCAUGGAAAUAUGUACGCACUUAACGGGGAAAGUUCAAACGCUAACACACUCCAAUGCAUACAAUCAGGCUCGCAGUUAUAUGGAUCUCAAGGAGUUGUACAUACAUUUGUCCUAUCUAAUGACCUAUGCAAUUGGACGGUUCAAGCAGCUGCAGGAAAAAUGCUUGGUUGAUAUGCGAGAAAUGGGCUUUAAGAACGAUGCCAACAGCUUGGAGAACGGACAAUUAGCAGCAGCUGUGGAUUAUGUUUGCUAUGGACAGUUGGACGAUGUCGAUCUCUUUAAUACCGGCUGUAAUAGCUUUCAUAAUCAAGUCUACGAGUAUCGCAAGAGCUUACAUGCAAAUCUCAAGGAUGGAGACUCAACGGAACCACUGCCUCCAUUGUUGCCACUCGGCGUACGCGCGGAAGGUGAUCCGAAAGAUGAUGACGAUAAUCAAGACACUAAUCAGGAUGUGGACAAUGAGAAUGAAGGUCCAGAUGAUUACGAAGAUGAUCAGAACGAUGAUGUUGACGAUAUCGAUGAUGAUGAUGAUUUGGAUGAUGAAUACGAUGCCCUUGGCACCGAGGAAAGCAUGAAUCGUAACGAACAGGCGCAUGCCUACGAUCGAAAACUAACUCGCUUACUGCGUGAAUAUCCUUCAAUUUGGUGCACGCGUCAUCCUGACUAUGGCAAAAUGGAGGUCACACGCAAGCAGUGGCGCGUUAUUGCCAGCCACUUUCCACGCGGUGAUGACAUAAAGCUGCGCUGGAAGAACGUACGCAAGCGAUAUGUACGCAUUGAACGUUUGGUUAAGUUGGGGCGACGCUUCAAGGGUUACUUUGACAAGGCAACCAACUAUUUGGCCAAUAGAGAUUUGCCGCGCAGUGAUUGGCUGGCAGUGGAUUGUGGCGAAGAUGAUGGUGAUGGGUUCGAGCGCAAGCAAUUGGAUGCCAUCGAAAAUACCUUUCACAAAGACUCACAGAAUAUGGCUGGUGGUAAACGACUAACUACAAAACCAAUUAAUCGCUUGCCAGUACGACCUCUUGAUGUGCGUCCUAUUGAUCUGCGCAUCAUUAACUUUGCCAAGAGUCAUCCUGUGCUCUGGAGAAAGUCAGCGGAUCCUGAAUUUAACAGCAUUGACGAGCAGACUCGCAAGUCGCUGUGGCAAAACUUCUGGAAAUCUGCGCCCAACUAUCGCUACGAGUAUAUUGUGGAGCGUUGGCAACAAAUGUACGAGAUGUACAAAUCAUUCCGUCUAAAAACCAUCAAGGACAAACGCACAUUUGCCAAUCUUGAGCUAAAAUACUCCAAAUAUCUGGCCAGUUUAUAUUUUCUAUAUAAAAUUGAUGAACAAGAUUUACGUGAUGAAUUUGAGCCACUGCAGGAUUGUGGCCAGCAGGGAUCAGAGAAUAGCUCAUCUGGUGAAUCGGCUGGCAAGCUCAAAGAUAUGCCCGACGAUAAACACUUUGUACAACAACUUGUGCUAGCGAUGCGAGCUUAUCCCACGCUUUGGAAUCCGCGACAUGUCGAUUACAAUGAUGUUGGUGCCCGGGAAAGACUCUGGGCAGAAGUAGCCAGACGUCUGCCACGAUUCCGACGUGAAGCGAGUGCCUGUAAGCUUCGCUGGCAAAUGGCAAAGUUUGCCUAUGAGUGCUACUGUCGAGAACUGGAACGACAGCCAAGACCAAAUGAAAAGACGCUGCAAAAGUUACGCACCAAUUUUCCGCUGGAGGAAAUGCGGUUUCUCAAUAUUUAAGCUUCGAAUAUUACUGACUAGACUAAGUUAAAUUUAUGCCAUACUUCAAUACAUUCUUCAAUAAACCACCUUAAGAUUCUCA